AUGACCCAUCUGGUAGGCCUCAGUGGUGGACCGACUGCGCCAGGUGCGUCUGUGCGCACGUUUGUGUUUCUGGUCCCAGCUGCUGGUGGUCAGGGUUAUGAUUGGCUGAAUGAAGGCAGAAUAAGCCCGAAACAGUGCUGUAUCAAUCUACCCCCAGACUCUGUCGUCUACCCUCUGAUAUAUAUAUAUAUAUACAUCGAUUGCUAAUAUAAGCGAAGAUGUGCGUCCCCGGACAUAAAUCAGAAGAAAAGGAGAUCUCGAGAACCAUAGUUUUACUGUCCCGACGUUUCAAAAGCAUAGAAACUUCCAUCGUCGUAGGUGAGUGUGGUAUCGCGCCUCACAGUAUUUAUAGGUGGUGACAGUCAUGUCAAGACGGGUUUUUUUUCUUACAUACGAAGUUAGGGCGGUAGGGAGGAAGGGGGGUGCGGUGGAUCAGCUUAAGUGGUCAUCAGUUCCUGCACACAGGGACUGUGGCGGACGGGGGGAGAGAGGGUGACGGAAAGUACUCAAUCUACAUCGGGGGCCGGCGUUGAGACGUUGGUGGUCGUCGUCCGUACCUUCAUUGACCUUAACUGUCGUCCAAGGCUGGCAAUCUUGUUUACGCCGCAACGACUGUCCGUUUUCUCGUUCGCCGGACUAGUAGAUGGAACGGCUGUGGUGACGACUGCGCCUUCGUCGGAACCAGGUUGAGGGAUGACUGAGUGUGCAUCCGCCAUGGACUCGUGCACGUCUGGAUUCAAGUUUAGCCUGAGUUCACGUCUGCUCAUUUGUUUACUGAGCUGCACUCGAAGGGCUUGAUAGGCAGCGGGAAGAGCCACUCAACGGUUGAUGGAGGUUGUCCCUGUGUGUCAAGCCUCGAUUGUUUCCCUGGCUAUGCGGUCGCUUCCUCGGCCCAGGAUUUUGACAUCAUGAAAGGCAGACGUGUGCCCGGAAUCGGCGCAGUGUUCGGCCACCAGAGACAAAGGGUCCAUUCGCCUUACAGCCCUCAUGUGUUCUCCAAAACGGGUCUGUAGUCGUUUACCCGUCUCCCCAAUGUAAUUGGCUUCACAUGAGUUACACUGGAUCCGGUAGAUGACGUUCGUGGUUUCACCUGUUGGCAGAGGGGCAUUAGGCCUCAUGACCAGCUGUCGAAUUUUUGACUCGGGUCGGUGGGCGAUGCCGAUCCCCAGCGGUCUUAAGAGACGGGAGACCGCCUCAGAAACGCCAUCGAUGUAUGGAAGCGCCCGCCAUAUUUUUGGCCGUUCUGUUUCCAAACGUCGUCUCAGUCCGGCCUGUCUGCCGCGUUUGAUGAAGUUGCGCGGAUACCCGUUGGACAUGAAGAGGCGCUGGAGGUAGCGUAGUUCUGACCUUCUGUCGUCCGGCUCGCUGCAGUGUGUUUCUGCCCUUCUGUAGAGUGUUCGCACACAACUGCGUUUGUAGCACAACGAGUGCUUACUGUGGAAGCUCAGGAUUUGGCGCGUAUUAGUGGCCUUCCUAUAUACCGUCGUUUUAAGUGCUUAUCUGGUUUUCGAUGGACGAGAACGUCCAGGAACGACAGUUGGUUGUUAACUUCCGGCUCCAUUGUGAACUGGAUGUCAGAGAAAACAGAGUUCAGGACGUCAAGGAAUUCUUGGACCUUUUGCCGCUUAAUGAUAACGAAGGAGUCAUCGAGAUAUCGAGUCCAAAAUUCCGGCCUAUAGGCCGCGAAAACUAGGGUCGCUACUUUUUGGAGAACUGUCUCUGCGAUGAAGCCCGAGAGCGGCGAUCCCAUUGGCGUCCCCUUGACCUGCUCGUAGGUCGUACCUUCGAAGGUAAAGUACGUCUUCAUGCAGAAUCUCAGCAAUUGGACGAGAUGUCUCCGUUUUAUCGUCACGUCCGUCUCGUCGUACUGACUCUCGAGCAGCUCGCUGACCGUUUAGACAGCCAGGUCUUGCGGAAUCGAAGUGAAAAGAGAAGUGAAAUCGAAUGACACCAUAACCUCGUCUUCGGUAAGUCUCAUCCCUUUGAUCCGCUCCAGGAACUGAGUCGUUGAACAGACCGUCGUGCCCGCGUUCGAGGUGAGAGACCUCAGGUUUCGGAACAUCCAUUUAGCCAAAUUAGAUGUGGGUGCGCCGCGCAAUGAUACGAUUGGCCGGAGGGGCACCCCGGCUUUGUGUACCUUUGGCAGUCCGUAAAAGCGCAACAAGGUGCAGCGUCCCAACAAGUCCCCACCAGGCACUUUCCCCAGUCCCGACGCACGGUUCAGCCAUGUGCACCUGGAUGUUGUAGGUCCCUUGCCUCCAUCCAAUGGUUUCACCUACCUCCUUACCUGUGUCGAUCGAUAUACCCGCUGGGCUGAAGCUGUUCCUUUGCCGAAUGUGCAGGCUGAAACCAUCGUGAAGGCCUUCGUCAAUCGUUGGGUCGCCAUGUUCGGUGCCCCAUCCAUGGUUACGACUGAUCGGGGUGCCCAGUUUGAGUCGGCACUCUUCCAAACGCUACUCACUUUUCUUGGCUGCACACGCAUUCGGACGACAGCCUACCAUCCAGCUGCCAACGGUAUGGUUGAACGUUUCCAUCGUCAGCUAAAGACUGCCCUGCGUGCCGUCGAAGACCCAGGAAACUGGUCGGACAAACUUCCUCUUGCACUCCUCGGCAUCCGCGAAGCUCUGAAGUCGGAUCUGGGCUGUAGCGCAGCUGCAUUGGUUUUCUGCACUACCCUCAGACUGCCAGGCGAGAUGAUCACCCCAACCUAUCGUGGGGCCGACGAGGCUCCUGACAAUCUUGUGCACCGUUUGCGGCAGUUUACGCGCACGCUUUCCCCGGUUCCACCUCGAACUCCAAUGACUGAGUCUUAUGUCGAAAAAGACGUGGACAAGUGUACUCGUUUGUUCGUCCGGUGUGACCGUGUGCGCCAGCCGCUAGAAUCACCAUAA